GAAGGAAGGACUAACAAAAAGUGCUUAUUAAAAAGCUGAACCCAUAAACUGGCUUAACGCAACCGACAUUUCCUUCUCUUCCCGGGCAAUGUCGCCGGAAACACCACCACCACCACCACAACGACCUCAACCCUAAAACCACCACCAUCACCACAACCACCACAAUGGCUCUAGCAAGGUCCCAAGCAGCCUCGACUCGAGAGCUGAAACACCGAGUCCUAACAUGCCUUCACAAGCUCUCCGACCGCGACACCCACUCCGCCGCCGCAACAGAGCUCGAAUCCAUCGCCAAAACCCUAACUCACGACUCCAUUCCUCCGUUCAUCUCCUCCAUCUCCGCCACCGACUCCUCCGACAAGUCCCCCGUCCGUAAACAAUGCCUCCGCCUCAUCUCCCUCCUCUCCCAAUCUCACGGCGACUCUCUCUCUCCUCACCUCUCCAAACUCCUCUCCGCCGUCCUCCGCCGCCUCCGCGACCCCGACUCCUCCGUCCGCUCCGCCUGCAUCACCGCCACCGCCUCUAUCUCCUCUCACCUCACCAAACCUCCGUUCACUUCCAUCAUCAAGCCCUUCGUUGAAUCUCUGGUCACCGAACAAGAUCAGAAUUCUCAGAUCGGAGCCGCGUUGUGCCUCGCGUCGGCGAUCGAUGCUGCUUCAGAUCCGGAUGCUAUGUAUUUGAGGAAAUUGUUGCCGAAACUCGAGAGGUUGUUGAAGUGUGAUAGCUUUAAGGCGAAGCCUGCGCUGUUGACGCUGAUCGGAAGUGUGAUCGGAUCUGGAGCUGCUUCAACUCACCAAAUUGUGAAGAAUUUAGUGCCGUGUUUGGUUGAGUUUAUAGGUUCUGAAGAUUGGGCGGCGAGGAAGGCUGCGGCGGAGGCGCUGCUGAAGUUGGCAUUGGUGGAGAGAGAUUUGUUGAUGGAGUUUAAGGUUUCGUGUUUGAAGACUUUUGAGGCUAGAAAAUUUGAUAAGGUGAAAAUGGUGAGGGAGACCAUGAUUCAAUUGGUGGAGGCUUGGAAAGAAAUUCCCAAUGUUUCAGAUGAGGUUUCGCCGCCUCUUGAAUCACAAUCUUCUUCCAAAGAGGAUGCUAGUGAUGGACGAGAUCCACCUGGGUCCAAAACAUCCUGCACUGUUACUUCUGGAGCUCCUCAAAUGAGGAAGAAAAGCAUCCUAGGAAACAGGUCUGCUUUACGUGAUGGAUCACUUGCAACUACUUUCCAGAACAGAAGUCCUCUAGAUAGUGGUGAGAAGAAAUCAGGUCCAGCAAUGUUUCGAAAGCUGGACCGUAAAAAACCCACUGAUUGGAAAAUAGAAAUUUCUGCCCCUCGUACUCCCUCUGCUACAGUGGUUUGUGAGGAUGAUCCUAGGAGUAGAGAUGAGAAAGGUGAAAAACUGAAAAGUAGAUUUUUUAAGCCGGAAAUAAGACGGGCUCUCUUCCAUAAGAAUGAUGAUCACAAAAUGCUCAAAUUAGGCGGUGUCAAAGCUGGAUCUCGGGUAGUUCCGUGUCAUGAUGACAGCUCAGAAUCUGCCGUUGCAGUUGGUAACAUUACUGAGAAUAUCCAUAAGAACCAGAAAGAGAGUGAGGAUCUAUCUUUGAUCCGCAAGCAGCUCGUUCAUAUUGAAAAUCAGCAAUCCAGUUUAUUAGAUCUCCUCCAGACAUUCAUUGGGAGCUCACAAAAUGGAAUGCGUUCUCUGGAGACACGGGUGCACGGGUUAGAGCUAGCACUGGAUGAGAUCUCAUAUGAUUUGGCUGUGACAACUGGCAGGAUGUCAAAUAUUGAUUCUGAAGGAACCACAUGUUGUAAAUUACCUGGUGCAGAUUUUUUGAGUCCGAAGUUCUGGAGGAGAACUGAACCCCGGCAUUCAACCUCUCGGUUCUCUUCUUCUGGAGGCACACCGCCAUUGGCUGCCAUCCAUAACAUAGGCAAUAACAAUGGCAAUGCUGAAACAUUUAAUUUGGAGAACAGAAGAUUUCGGCUUCAAAGUGCUGGUGGGUUUAUUGUGAAUCCUUUGGCUCAGAUUCAUAAUGAUGGCCAUGGGAUAUCUGAGGUCUCUUCAAAUAGAGUCUGAAGGAAUGUUCAAGAUGCCAUAUGAUAAAUCAUCAGCAGAUGAGCUGCUGAGAUUGAAUGAAGUUUGAGUUGCAAUACUCAUUUAGCUGUAUGCUGCUGGAUAUAUAAUCUUAUUAUCUAUUAACUACGUGCUUAUGGAGUACACAAAGGAAGCAGUUCUUUUGCUGUAUUAUCUACUGAAGUAGUAAUUGCUCUUUGCAUAUAUACCACCCAGCCAAUUCAUUCAGUAACCUGUUAUUUUGGGUUCAGAUUCCGAUCUCUUUCAGUUUUUUCAACUGCAAGAACGGACAGAAGGUCACUAGACUCACUACCAUUAUCGCAGUCUUGAAUAUGAAGCAUCGCCAUGUAUAGCAAAGAACAUUUCUUUCUUUCAUUUCAUUUUUUGGCUGGGAAUUCCUUUUUUUCAUUCUUUGUUGGUUCGAAUAUUAAUUGAUUUGAUAUGAUACCGAAGGCUUGUUAUGAGAUGGUUGAUUAAACAUGUGUCUAUGACUUGAAGAAAAAUUACAUGUUGAUUUUGUUCAAAA